AUGCUUGGCGUAGUGUGGCCUGACGAGCAUGUGGCAUUUCCGGACUUUCUUGACCCGACCAAUGCCACACAAAAGUGGUGGAUUCGGGAAAUUGUGAGCUUCCACAAAAAGGUGCCACACGAUGGCAUUUGGAUUGACAUGAAUGAGCCAGCUGUUUUUGGUACUAAUGAGAAAAAGCCAUGGUAUUUCGACGCAGACCAUGCCAAUACAGCGCCACUCAUGUGUCCAAGAACCUCUGUCGAUGCGGAAUGGGAAACGCCGCCUUACGAAACACGUUCAGUCUAUGGCUACGAUGCCUACGACAAACCUGUAAGUUUUGACACAAGUUUCACAAAUCAAAAGAGCCAGAGCUCCUGUUGA